GUAGAGACGUGCUAAGCUAGAGUGGAGAUUGUAUAUCGCUGUUCAGAAAGCCAAGCGUCAGAAAAUAACGUUCGAAAACCAGCCGCCAGUUGAAUUUGCGGCCGCGGCAACGAAGUCGCGUCGACUAUCGCUCGGUUCCCGACUCAAAAGUGCCUGUAUCGAAAAAAAAGGAGUGUGCCUUAUGUGAUAGUGUUGUAACAAGUGUCUUGAUAAAAUAAAUAUUUUUUUAUAUAAAAAAAAAAUAUUGACUUCAGUGUUUAAACUGUGCUAGUUUUGAGUGUUUUUUUCGGUUGAAAAAAAAGAAUAAAUCUACACAAUGGAGUUACGGCGGUUGUCUAUAUGCAUAGCUUUCUUCAUCCUGGCAGUCAUCUCGCAAUGUUCAGAAGCUCGUCACUCCAUCCAACGGCGAGCCUCCGAUUACGAAGUCAGUGAUGAGAUGCUGAAUGAUGAGAGCAACGACUAUGGCACGCAGAAUGACGCUGAUGGAGGUAACGACGCCGAUGACGAGGAUACCCCGGAGGUGGAAGGCAAGAUCCUGACGAAGGGAGAGAGCUACCGGCUGCUUAUCGGCAACUCUGUCCGGCUGGAGUGCAGGGUCUCACCGGCAGAUGCUGGUCUGGUGGUGAGCUGGAGUAAGGAACAGAAACGCUUAUUUUUGGGAAAUUUGCCACAAGACAGCGAGAACAAGAGGGCUUCCCUGGUUCACAAUUCAAACGACCUCCUGAUCAAGGAUGUGCAGAUCAAUGACACUGGUCGGUAUACCUGUAUGAUUAUGCAGGCCAGUAACCCAGUGUCUAUCACACAUGUGGUGAUUGUCGAGGAGCCACCGAGGAUAACCAAUCCAGAAACGACUACGGAUAGUACUAUUGAGUACGAAGAUAAUAUACCGAGGAUUUCCUACUUCGCGGUGACUGCUAACGGUAACUUGCGCGAAGGCAACGAUCUGCUGCUCACUUGUGACGUCACUGGUACUCCUAAACCUUCCAUCAUCUGGUCUAGGCAGAGGAAGUACGGUUUAGGUGGCACUGAGCCCCUCGGAGAAGCUAAUGGCGUGUUCACCGGCCACACAUUCUUCAUGAAGAACAUCACCAAAGAAGACGCUGGAAUCUACUACUGCUAUGCCGUCAGUGACGCUGGCAACGCUACUGCCAUGCUUACUGUCAACGUUAUUGGCAAACCUCGCGUACAUGUGCACCAUCCGAUCGUGAACACUGACAUCAAUGUGGAAGCUCAGCUACAAUGCGCUGCUCACGAAGAACCUGCCCCGCACAUCCGCUGGUACAAAGAUGGGCAGCUCAUCGAAGACUCCUCAUUCCAGUACACCAUCAGCGCCAACGGCUCCCAGUCCACUCUAUCUGUCAUUCCUAGGAGGGAUGAGGACUUUGGAACCUUUACUUGUGAGGCUAUCAACCCUCACGGCAAGCACAACAAAUCGAUCGACUUAGUGCAGAGUCCAGUAAUUGAGAACUUUGACGUGGAGGGACCCAAGUUGACGUGGACCGUGCACUCCCACCAGCCUCUUGAAGAGAUCGAAGUGCAAGUCAAAUCAAAUGACGAAAACGGCGAAUGGAAGACAUUCCAGGUACCCCUGCCUGAGGUAAAGGACCCUACACAUGAGUACGAGCUUAUCUACCCCCUAAGCGACAAAUCUCUGGAGUCCGGCUCGUACUUGGCCACAGUCAGAGCGAAGAACAGCAAGAGCUGGAGCUAUCAUUCCGAGCCUGUUGUUGUUCAGCUGGAGAGCCAAGCACAGCCCAUCCAAACUGCUUCAGUGUUCCGGUCAAAUGGAUAUUCCCUUCGACCAACGACUUUCGCCGUACUAUCCACCACCUUCAUGUACGUUCUCGUACGAAUGCUAUAAACAAGUAGACCUACCUUAUUUAUUGUUAGUACCGGUAGAACUGAAACGAACGCCUUUUUGAAUUUUUGAAAAAAAGUUCAUUUUUUGAAAAAAGAAAAAAUCUUAGCGCUUCUCGAUGUAUUGUUGGUACUUAUAAUAUUUUUUUAAAUAGUAUUAAAGGCUUUUAUGCACAGACAAUGUGGCUAGUGUUUUGAGCCUUUUCGGCAGUUAUUGUGCUAUUAAAUUACCAUAGUGAGUUAAUCACUGAGUAAAAAGUACAAAAUGUUAUAAAAAUACCAUUGUAAUUGUAACCCAGUGAUUUUUGUUCCAUCAUCUUUUCCAUUUGCGCGUCAGAAUGGUAGGUUUACAAUCGGGUAAGUACCUAAAAAUGCAAGAUACAAUGCAAAAUAGGUAGACUAUAAUCGAAUAUCAAAACCUGAUUAAGUGAAAACUAAAUAAAAUAACGGUAGGUACCUUACGUUACCGUAAUUUUCAAUAAAAUCGGUACCAAUAUAUAUUUUUUUCCGAUUGUUCUCGGCCACUGACAUGUAAAUGGUUAAUCAUUGUACAGAUUAACUCUUAAGGAAAAUAUAAUAAUUAUUAAAAUAUGUUUAGGUAUCUUAGAAAAGACCUAAUUAUUAUAUCGCGGAUCUAAGCAACGCCAAGAUAUUUAAAUUAUUAUCAACGGCAUCUAAUUGUAUUUAAACGCAUUUUUAAGCUUAUUAGCGAAUAGCUUUUUAAAUUCUUCAACCAUUUCGUUGGCAAAUGUAUUUUUUUUGUCUUCUUUUUACUUACCUACUUUCAACUACACCAGUUAUAUUUUUUGUAAAUAUUAUUCUUAAUUAUAAAUAAUUAUUUGUUUUAACAUGUAUUUGACGUGAAAUUAGAUUUAAUUUGAAUUAUCGCGUAGAAAUAUUACCUGUCGACUUCUUUUUAUUAAAUUCUAUAAUAUUUCACUGUAAUACGUAUUUUGUUUACUUUCGCAUUAUAACGAAGUCGUUUCUCACAUUAAUUUAGUUUAUCGUUUAAAUUUUAGGUAAUUAUUACCAAAGUGUAAUUAAAAAUCACAUUUAGUUUACGUUACAUUUUUAAUUAAACAUAAUUAACGUUAAUGAAGUGCUUAUUAAUUGAUUAAAUGCAAAAAUGUAGACAUAUGUGGAUAGGUCGCUUGUUAAUGUGCAUCGCGUUUUUGGAAAAAAAAAUAUAUAAAAAUGUAUUUUGAUAUCGGGAAGAUUUUCUCUACUGUCCAAAAAUUAAAUUAGAUGCAUAAUUGACAUUAUAAGCUUUUACUAGACUCUGUAUAUCGAAUAUAAUCAUACAAGUCAACUAAGCUGCCAUAAUAUACAUUAUUAAACGUUGAAUUGAAAAAAAAAUACUUUACUUUUGAUAGAACAUAAUCGGUUGGCCUAAUCUCGACUAAUACAUCACUAUGCCAAUGAACGUAACAACACUAGCUUCAAAGUUGGUAUUUGUGGAUUACGUAUAUAAAAUUUCAGAAAAAAGAUUUUUUUUUUCAAACCAACUCGCUGUUUUAUAAUAUUACCAAUUAACUAUAGUAUAUAAUGUUGAUGACGCUGGUUCCAGUACACACCAUCUAAGUUUAUUUUAAGUUAUAAGUAGUUAUAAUUAUAAUUAUAGUUAUAAUUUGCUUAUCCACCGAAAAGGAAAGGGACGUGUAAUCGACAGGCAUAAAAUUUGUGGAACACAGGUCAAAUUUAAACAGAAAUUAAAAAAUACGCUCCCAUAAUUUUAUAUUUGCCAAUAACCCGACAGAAUUAAGUUAACAGCACACGUCAAACAGAAUGUAUAUCAGCGAGAUCCCUAUCUUACUCGCCUGGUUUAUUCAUUUAUUUACUCAUUCAUUUCAAAAUUAACAGUUUUCUAUCAUCCGUCCCUUACGUUUUUGGCUAUAACUUAAAAUAAAAUUAGGAGUUGUCUGCAGGAAUCGGGGCCAAUGUGCCUAUAACUACUCGAGUAACUACAUCAGUUCCAUUUAAAGGUGCUCUCCUUUAUAUAAUAAUAUACCUAGAUAAAGUAAAUCGUAAUCUUCCAUAUUAAGUAACUUAUUGAAAAAGAUACGGUACCUAUCACACAAGUAUCGUAAGACAAAACUAUAGCAUAAAAUCGGUAUAUCCCGUCUUGACCUGUAUUCUACGAUGUUAACUCCAACCUCCUCGAUCCUGUCCUCAGUUGAUGCGACCUCGAGGUCUUCCUCGUACUCAGCUCUCCUCAGAGUUUCCUCUAGGCAUGACGUCAUUAUUUUCGUAUUAUUAUGUUGGCAGUAUGAUAUGCUCGACUACAGCACCCCGAUACCGACCCCGCUGGCGUGGUCCACGAUUUCCCUCAAUCAGCGCUUAUCGCUAUCGACCCGCUAGAGUCGAUUAUUUUUUUCAAAUAUUUUUACUCACAGACGACGCCCUGAGCCGAGGUUCGCGCCCAACUGGGCACCCUCAGGCCUGUUGUCUUAAACGUUGUACCGGGUGAGAGCCUUCAGCGCUCCCCAUUUGUCCG